GCGAGCCCGUCGCGCCUGCGCGCUUGUUGCCUCGGCCGGCGCCGCUCCGCAGCCCUCUCUCAGAGCCGAACCCGAUACUCCCGCGCAGUUGUUGUUGGAGUAUAAGCAACAGCGGCAAGAGGCGCGGGAGGAAGGAUCGUGGAAAGGGACUCGCGACGCAUGCGCGGCAGGGCCUAAGGCAGGCAGGAGGGUGGGGAGGAGGAGGAGGAUUGGCGGACUCGGUUUCGUGCCUCUUUCUCUCCCUCCCUCUUCAGCGGAGCCGGAAAGCGAGUGAGCGUUGAGGGAAGACCCCCCUCCCUCCCCGCAACGCUCGCUGGGCCGGGCGCUUUGAGGUCCCGCGCUCGGGCGAGUUGCCGCCGGCGGCGGGAGGAGGGUCCUUGACGAGACGCUGUUGCUUUCGUUGCCGCCACCGCCUCCUCGCCGAAGCGCCGUCUCUCUCCGUCCCCGCCCGGGACUGAGUCCAUUAGCUACAAAAUGGCGGACGGGGAGCUGAAUGUGGAUAGUCUUAUCACCAGGCUGCUGGAAGGUGAGCGCGCAACCCUCCUCCUCCUCCUUGGAGGCAGCGGGGUGCGGAGGCCCGAGCGGGGAGGCCGGGGACAGGGGCAUUUCUGAACCUGGGCGAGCGAAGUUUUUCCUCCUAAACGGGAGUCUUGCGGGCUUGGUUUGGCGGACUCCGCGGGCGCCUGAGAAAAGGCUGUAUUGGGGCUCUCCUUUAGUCGUGUGAAUCCCGUGUCGUGAGAACAGCCGCCUCCCUCCCUCUAAUGCCUCUCCCCCCCCUUCGCCGCCGCCGCCGACUAAUAACCUCAUUUAAUAAGCUCAUUUAGGCGUUUGUUAUCCUUGCCGUAAUUGGGGGUGUGGAAGGAAGCGGUGGUAAUCGCAGGGUACUUUAAUUAAAGUUGGGUACCUUUAUCUUUUUCCUCCAUAUCCCACCCCCCACCCGUCUCCGGAGGAAUAAACGCUCUCGCCGCCAGUACCUCUCGCUCCCAUAACUUACUACGGCGGGAGAGGUAGAAAAGCGUAGGUAGAAGUACGAGGUUUCCCUUUGCAGUCUCAUCCUUCCCACCCCCAUCGCUUCAGUCGCUGUCAGUCUCUUAGCACUCCUCUGCCCUUAUGGAUAUAUAUGUACUAUAACUUCAGAUUUAUAAACUACAGGUUAACCCAGAACCCGGGAUUCUCAUUCUAAGGCUGCUUUUUGUUUAAAAAUUCCGCCUGACUUUACUGCUUGAUGGACAAAGAUAAUCCAGUGUCCUACGACUGCUUUCUGUCAUAGUGUUAGUAUGGGUUUGUUUGUUUUUUUGUGCUUUGUCAGUGCUUUGUGAUAUUAAAUGAGGGCUUGAAUCUGAACUUUUUUCUUUCUCCUGCAGCUGUUGAGGUAUAUUUAUAAAUCAAAUCCAUGUGCCUUUCCUACUCCCCCCUCACAAAACACUCAAGCAUUAUCUAGUUCUGUCCCCCCCCCCUAAAAUCUUGCUUAUUGUUUCUGUGGUUAUAAAGAUGUCUAUGUAACUUGGUGGUUUUCACAGUGUGUGAAAGCACAAGCUUGGUUUCUGUAGAUGAGAAGGAAUUGUGUGCAGGACAGUGAAAAGGCUAGUCGGGGAGGGACUCUGUCCCUCCUAGGUGCCUUGCAUAGAAAUGCAUUAGACUGCUGCAGGGAAGAAGGAAUUAUCUGUCCUCCUUGUGCCAGGCCUCACCAGUGUAGUAACUUUUGUGGGUAUGUUUUCAAGACUGUAACAUUAUUUAAAAUAGUUUUUUAAACAUAUAGUGAAGAAACCUGCAGACAUCCAAUUCAUUUUGUAUUUUUAUGUUGUGAACCUCCCUGUGAUCUUUGGAUGAAAGGCAAUAUACAAACUUAAUACCUAAUAAUAAUCUGAAUCCUGUUUGAAGUAUCUAUGAAGUCAUUUGUACAGUAAGUCAGUAUUGUAGUUUAGUUUUAGUACAGAUAAGCUGACACUAUGUUGUGCUAAUGUUACUGAUACAGCAAAACUGAGAACUGUUGAAAAUAUAGUGUAACUAUAGGAUUGUGAAAUUUAAUGUCACUUUCCUACAGCCAGCUUUGUCUCACAUCCACUGAUGGUUAUCUCCAUGUGAAAAGAGUUUUUCACACAUGUAUCUCCUCUAAUGGUAGAGUGCCUGCUGCACAGGAGCAAAAUCUUUGAAAUCUGCAAUGAGUCUGUUUAGCAGUGGGCAGCAUCACUGUAUUGGCACCACCCAUAUUUUUUUAUUAUUACAAGGGGCUCCGCUAAGAAGCCCGUCACAACUGUUUGGUGUGCAAGCAGGGGCAAGACAUGCAGGGGUAAGGCUCGCUGAGGUGAGACAUUUUAAUAAUAAUUAACUAUAAUGGGAAAGGGGAGUAGACAGAGGAUGCCAGAACCGGGACUAACUCAAGACAUAUAGUCUUGACAACUCUUGCCUCAGAACUUAGUGGGGUUGCAAAGGGUUUCUGCUCUUCAGCUCUGUGACUAUACUACCAGACAGGCAGUGUUCUGAACACUUGCAAUUUUCUGGAUUGAUGCCAGUAUACUUAUGAUUUCGUUGCCAGUUGUAUGUAUCAGAUAAACUGGAGGGUGACUAUACUGACAUUUCAGGUUUUGGAUUUACUUGUGAGCUGUAACUGCAAACUGUAGACAGUGCAGCCUUGCUUCAAUAUAGACACUGCUGUUUCAAAGCUUGGUUUUAAUAGAACCAUUUCUGAGUUUUCAAAAUACUGGAUGGGCUUCCUUUGUCUAAAUUUUGUUUACUUUUCACAUUUAACUUCAUGUCUCGCUGAUACACUAUACUGUGAGGAGCAGCCUGGAUAAAGAGGAUUUUUAGUUUUAAGGAUUUGCUUUAUGUAAUUCAGACUGGUUGAUGGCAUUUUAAUUCAUGUUACUUGACAAUGCUGUUAUGGUGAGUUGAGCUUCAAAGUAAGACGACUAUGUUGAUUAUUAGCUGGAAAAUGCAUUUUCAGUAUUUCUGAGGCAUGGUUUGUGGCAACCAGAACUGUAAACUACCAUAUCUUAGAAAAGCUAUUGUAGAGCAGGAAAAAGUGCAAGAAAAGGCCAGCCAAAACCUAUAGAGAGGUUGGUUGGAGCAUCAUCUGUGAGGAAAAACUGAAGUGGGGCUUCUUAGUUUAGGAAAACAACUGAGCAGGAUAUGACUUGAUUCUUGAGCAGCAUCCAGACCUGAAACUGAAUAUUUCAUUAUAUUGGAGGGGGGGGUGUGCAUGUGAGAGAGAAUUUGUUAUUGAUUCAGUUCUAGAGAGUUGGAAUAGGAAAAUGGUUUAUUCCUGGGGGGGAGGGGGGAAGCCGCAUAACACAGGAAGAAGAGUUCUCAACCUCAUGGCAAACAUUCUUCCUCCCUUCCCCCACCCAGUGAUUCCCUACUAUAAAAGUAAGGGGAGGGGCUUUUCUUUUACAUAUUAUUUUGAGUUUUUAAAAUGACAGUUUUUAAAAAAUUGUUAUACAGUCAUACCUUGGGAUAAAUGUGCUUCAAGUUAAAGUAUUUUCGGGUUUCUCCGCGAGCGCAUGCACAGACGGUAAAAAUGACGUCACGCGGAAGCAGCGAAAAGUGUGGAGGCAGAUUGCGUUCGCUUCAGGAUGCGAACGGGGCUCCGGAACGGAUCCUGUUCGCAUCCCGAGGUACCACUGUAUAGCCUUGUGUUUAAACAGUAGCCUGGUAGCCAUACUGCUACUGCUAUAGUAGCAGCGGAAUUAUUCAUUCUCUGCCUUCGCCCCUAAAAGUUUGUGUAGCCUAGUAACUGUUGUAGGUUUAUAUACCUACAAUUUAUAUACGUAAUUUAUAGGUAUAUACCAAAAUUCAUAGGAUUUUAAUAUUUCUAUACAAGCUUUCUUGUCAUUUCUAUAAAGAAACUGCUGUAGCAUUUCAUCUCAAAAUGAGGAGCAGAAUAUAAAUUAUUUUAAUGAUAAUAAUUAAUAAAGAAGCAUAAAUAAAGCUGUUUCCCAAUGUGGUAUUGUAAUUGUUACUAUUAAUACAUUUUGUAUACUGCCCUUCAUCCAACGAUGAUAGAUCAGUUUACAAUAUAAAAACACAGAAAUACAUACCAUAGCCAAAAACAAAAAGAAUACACCCCUUUACUGUUUAAAGGGGCAUCGAUUGGCUAAUUAAAGAAAGGCCUGGGAGAGGAGGACUGGCAUCUCAAGAUAUGUAAACAAAGGCACCAGGUGAGCCUCCUUGGGGGAGAGCAUUCCACAAGUGGGGAGGCACUGCUGAAAAGGCCCAUUCUCGUGUUGUUGCUCUACAGACCUCUUGCAGAGCAAGCACAGGACACAGAGUAUUGCAUUCUGAUAAAACUCUCACUUUAUGCCAGGCACAUGGAACCGUUCUUCAGCCUGAGGGCUGCAUUCCCAUCUGAGCAACCUUCUGGGCAUCACAUGCCAGUAGGCAUUGGUUUCAAUGUAAAUUUUACUAGUUUCUACACACACUUGCCAGCAUUUGAAACUCCCAUUGUUCAAGGCACGUUUUGCGACGGAAUUUCAUAAACGUGGGCAGCUUCUGAGCUCUGGGAGCAGUACUGCGCCUAAGAUUUCAGAUUAAAAUUCUCACUGUUACUUGGAAGUAAAUUCCAACCAAGUUCAAUGGGACUUCUCAAGUAAAACGUGCAUGAAUUGGGUACCUGAAAACUUCUUUUCCUUUUAAACCCAACAUGUUAUGCUUAGGUUUUAGUUGCCUUGUUUAAUGUACUUUUAAUGUAUGAUGUGCUUUUCAUUCAAAAAAUACUAGCCAGUUAGUUAUGAUGACUUUUUAAGUAGUGCAUGUUAAAGUGUUAUCUACCUCAGACUCACAGUGAUGCUUAAAAUCAAAACAAAUUUUGAAGUGGGAUCAUUGAAGGAGACUUAAAUCUUAGGUUUGCAAACUGGACACUCAAGGUGGGUAUCUUUGCCAUCAGUUGUGUAGGCAUUUAAUAUGUGUUAAUUGUGGUGCCAACAAGAUACAUUUAUAUGAAGGAAAGGGGGUGUAGGGAAAAUCCAGGGCCUGUUCAGAGUGGAAGGAAAGGGGGACCUUUUUCUGCCUCCACUUCUAACCACUCUCUGAAGACUGCAGAAGGGACCCUCUUAAGAAUAUGAGUGGGGGAGGCAUGGCUGUUUUUUGAAGUCUUCAGACUAGACCACAUGAAAAAUGAACAUAAGAUUUUUAGCUGCAGUUCAUUCAUUUUCAUCUUUGUAUUCUUGUUAUAAAAAGUGCGCCUAGACAUUCCAAUGUUGUGCGCAUAACCUAGGUUUAAUAUGCUGUUUAGCUCCUAGCUUUCAUAUCUCAGUUUCUAACAAUGACACUCACACACCAAUCUCUAUCCUCCAUCCAGAAAAGCCAUAGUUCAUAACAGAAAUACUCAAUGAGGGUGCAAAGCAGGACCAGUGAGGGGUGUGGGCUGGAGAGAAUAGUGGGGUGGUAGUGAGGCCUGGAGGGCUAUGUUCUGCCCAUGGGCUUGAGGUUCCCUAUCCCUGAUGCAUACAAAUGUGUCAAAUCUAUGCUGGGAAUGUGGAAAUAUUAGAACAGCCUUCCCUAACCUGGUGUUUUCCAGAACAGUGUUGUACUGCAAUUCCUGUCAGCCUCAGUCGGCAUGGGCAGCCACGAGGAAUGCUGAGAGAUGUAGUCCAAAAUAUCCAGAGUACACCUAGUUGGGAAAGGCUGCAUUAGAAGAACCAUGGCUUACAUAGGAAUGUAGGUAUCUUAAAAAUGAAUGGAAAAAAUUAUUUAAAAAUAUUAUUGUUGGCUUUAAGCUUUAAUUGGAUCAUUUAAUUGUACUGGAGAUUUGAAGGGAAAGCAAGGGAAUAUGACCCAUUAGUAGUGAUCCAUAUGUUAAGAGCUCAAAUGUUGUUGGCAGAAACCUGGAGAUUGGUUCAGUUUCUAUCACGCUAAUGAAUAAACAUUUAUUAUUAAAAAAAUGAGUCAGAAAAGUGAGGCAAUACACUUUUAGGAGAAAAUGAACUAGGAAUAGGAGACCUAGAUAGUUUGUAGUACAUGAUGUUUUGAAUGUGGUUUGAAUGUGGCACCUGUUUCAGCUUCAGGUGCCUAAUUAACUGUCUCCCUUCCCACCCCCAACACCCAGUUUCCCCUUUUCCCUGAAUUAAGUACCUUGACAUUCUCUGUUUUAGUGUGUUUAACACACAUGGUUGUGUUAAUCUAAUUUCUGCUUAGAGUAAACCAAAGUUUGACAUAAACAUUAACUUCAGGUGGUCUACUCUGAGCAUGGCUAACAUUGGAUACCACUUUUUAUUUUAAUUUACCAAUUUAUGUGCAUCUGCAUCCCUAGAAAGCCCCCAUUGAUGUAGAAGCUACUACCUUAUUUCUCGUGGCUACAAAAUACUUUACAGCCUGAUUUUUGUUACUAGAGGGAAUGAUCUUAAAGUUUUCACAAGUUAAAUAUCCAGAACAUUUUUUUAGUUUGAAAUCACAGGUGUUUCCUUUACCAUAGUGAUAAUUUCUCUCCCUCCCUCUCUGUGAGCUGAGCUAAAACUCAUUUUCAGUUUUCAAGUUGUGUAAUUUUUACCCUCUUACAAGUAUCUAUUUUACUCUCUUACAAGUAUCUGUAUGAUGCAGCAAGAAGCCACUUGCCUGUACAAUACUGAAUAUACAUUGGAUUUCCACAUUCUGAGAUGCAGUAACAUGGUUUAAUAAUCAUACUGGAUUCUUAAAACUGUAACUAACAGAGUGAAUCACUUCUAGGACGAGCUUAUAACUUAGCUACUAUCUUUUAGUAAUGUCUUCCUGUUAAAACAUCAUCUGAAGUCAUUGAAAACAGACAUUGAUGACCAACUUACACCAUGCAUACACACACUCAUUGGGACUUUCUCCUAUGGGUUAGGAUUGUGCUUUUAAUCUCUUGAGUUCUGUUUCCAAGCAACUUUUCCUAGCUGUCCUUCCUGCUGCUAUGUCAGACUUGUUAUCCUUAAGAAGUUGUAAAGCUGCCCUUACCAGUAUUCACUCCAUAAAUUGUAUCCUCUGCAACAGAACUGUGAUAAUCUCUGUGGUAAACAAAUGAACAGGGGGCAUAACUCUUGAAGACAAAAACAAGUUCAAGGUUCUAACCUUUGAAUGCUUUUCUUUAAGAGUUUAGAACAUGGGUAGGCAAACCAAGGGCCGGGGGCCGGAUCCGGCCCAAUCGCCUUCUAAAUCCGGCCCAUGGACAGUCCUGGAAUCAGUGUGUUUUUACAUGAGUAGAAUGUGGCCUUCUAUUUAAAAUGCAUCUCUUGGUUAAUUGUGGGGCCUGCCUGGUGUUUUUACAUGAGUAGAAUGUGGCCUUCUAUUUAAAAUGCAUCUCUGGGUUAUUUGUGGGGCAUAGGAAUUCAUUCCUAUUUCCCCCCCCCCAAAAAAAUAUAGUCCGGCCCCCCACAAGGUCUGAGGGACAGUGGACUGGCCCCCUGCUGUGAAAAAGUUUGCUGACCCCUGGUUUAGAAGUUCUGUCACUUCUGAGUAUCCUUUCCUAGAGAACUUACCGGUAACUGUACAAAAUAAUAAGUUUCUUUCCUCAACCCAAGUUGGAAGCUAGCAGGGUGCCCAAGAGCUAGUAUAGACUAGCAGCCGCUGGAUGCAAGAGCUGUGAACCAGGAAGUCACCUGUUCACACGUUGCUUCUCCAAUAACUGUUGGCAAGCCACGCCUUUACCAGUUCAUGACCACUUGUUUAUUUUGAAUUAUCUAUACCCUAGCAGUUCGAAAGUACGCCAAAGUGCAAGUAGAUAAAUAGGUACCGCUCCGGCGGGAAGGUAAACGACGUUUCCGUGUGCUGCUCUGGUUCGCCAGAAGUGGCUUAGUCAUGCUGGCCACAUCACCUGGAAGCUGUACGCCAGCUCCCUCAGCCAGUAAAGCAAGAUGAGCUCCGCAACCCCAGAGUCGUCCCCGACUGGACCUAACGGUCAGGGGUCCCUUUACCUUUAGACCCUGUCUACUAAUUGAAGUAUUCGCAGUAUACCCGUAUAUAUUUUAUUUGUAUAUGUUUGUGCUCUAUAUUCAGUGUACUCUCUCUGUGUGUGUACAAUAAAAUAAGACAGUGAUGCAAAAGCUAGUGGAAUGAGACAAAGAUGUGUAUAAUUUUCCAACAAGUGCCAUUUUGCCGUUGAAUCUUCUGGCCUGAAACUGACUGUUGAAACAGCCAGAUGUUAGUCGCUCGCAUGCCAGGCCUUCUCAGUGGAUUGCUGCUGCUGUCUCUCACAAGCUGGAGGAGUAAAAUGUUAGAAGCCAGUACACUGGUACCUCCGGUUGCAGACAGGAUCCGUUCCGGAGGUCCGGCCGGAUCCUGAGGUUUUCGCAACCGGAGGACCGUUUUUGCGUGUGUGUGCGCGUGGCAAAACCUGGUAAAAUACUUCCAGGUUUGCCGCUUUCACAUCCCGAAGUUUACGUAACCAGAGGUACUACUGUAAUUAGAUUUCCCAACUGCCCUACUCAUAUCAAGUUCAGUCACCCCUUGCCAUUGGGUAGGAUUGAGGCUUAAUUACAUCCUUGAAUAUUGUUCCUCUUAAAAUCUGCUUCAGUACCUGCCAUGAAUCAGCAGCCGUUUUGGAUCCAUGGCCAUAUUGUGAAUUUUGAGUAAGUGCUAUCACAAAUGGCUGUCAUGUGGGGCAUGACAUUCACAAAAUGACAGCCGUAAUGGUUCUGACCAGUCACAAAAACACAAAUUUCCUUUUAGAAGGAAUCAUUCUCUCCUAGGACACAGAAAACAAAACAAAAACAGAGACCCAGAGGAGGAAGAGAGGGAAAUGCACAGCAUAGACAUAGCCAGGAUUUAUUGGAGUGGGGUGGGGGGACGAUUGAACCAAGCUAUCUGCGACUUGAUUGGUCAGUUAAACAUUUUUAUUUAUUUCCUUGAUUUAGGGGGCAGCUGCCCCCCUCCUCCCUCCUGGCUAUGCCCAUGAUGCACAGUCAGAGAAAUAAACAUGCUCCUUCUUUCUCCCCCUCCCCACGUCACUUCAUUCUACCUCCGUUUGGUCUCAUUGCUCUUCUGUCUUUUACAAGAUAUACUCUAUCUCAGUCUUUCUUUACUUUCUGCUUGGGUACUAAAGUCAGCCUAGAAAGGUUCAUGGAGUUAAAGGAGGAAGUGAGCACUUCACCUCUAUGCACACUUCCAGGCAGUGAUUGCGAGCUCUAGGGAGUCAUCUUGGGUGCAGUUGCACCUACAAACACCACAUUGUGAGUACCAAGUAUGUAGCAAUAUAAAGAGAGGAAGUAGUUGUGGAGUGGGAGGGAAUUCUUUGCACAUGUGAAAGUAUUCUAUACUUGGGUCAGUUAUUGACCUUCUGUGGUUAGGAAAGACAUGGCUCUCUUGAGCAUUUGAGGGAGGUCUUGUUUGAUGGUUCCAUAAUAUGAUUAAUAUGCUAUUUUUCUGCUGAGCAGUAUUCUGUUUGCUUGUGUGUGGUUUUUUUUAAAGUGGAUUGUUUGCUGUAUUGGGGUUUUCUUACAGACUAAAUUAUGAGGUACAGCUAUUUUAUUAAAUACCUAAAGUACUGCUGCUUUAGUUCCAUCUGGCAUAAAUUAUCUGUCUCAUAAUAAAUUAUCGAACAUCUAGCUUGUGAAUCAGCAGCCAUACUUGAGAUGGUUCAUUGAAGAUGUCUGGUCACUUUUGUAAAGCUGGUUACUUGAGAUUGGGAUCUACACAGUUUUAUCUGACUUGGCUCUGACAAAAUCUUCAGUUUCGAGGAAAUAUUUUAGAACUGCUACAAGUGAGCAAUUGUUGGUUUUCAUGAAGGAUUCAUUUUGUUUUUCAAAGAGAAACUCCAUUGUAAAACUGCUGAAUCACAACAUAUCAAAAAGUUACAUUAUGUUCAUUUGGGGGUUCUGAAUAGAGUGGUGGUUCACUGAGACCAGCGGUCAUCAACAUGCUGCCAUUGGGUACUGUGGUGCUCUUGGGGUCAUCACCUGGUGCCCACAAAUCCUUGAGCCCCGCCCCCUCUGCCCUUUCGGUCAUGAGAAGAUAAGGGUACAGUGGUACCUCGGGUUAAGAACUUAAUUCGUUCUGGAGGUCUGUUUUUAACCUGAACUGUUCUUAACCUGAAGCACCGCUUUAGCUAAUAGGGCCUGCCACGCCGCUGCUGCGCGAUUUCUGUUCUCAUCCUGAAGCAAAGUUCUUAACCUGAGGUACUAUUUCUGGGUUAGCGGAGUCUGUAACCUGAAGCAUCUGUAACCCGAGGUACCCCAGUAGUUACCUUUUUCUUCCUUGAAAAUACCAGUACAUAGAGCUGAAGGAUGGAGUUGGAAGAAGCUUUCCCACUUCUUCUUUCAGCUCUAUGAGCUUUUCAAAGCCAGAUUACUUUCUCUGGAUUUGACUUUUACCCAGAUUGUGUGUGCAUGAAUCUCUUUGUGUCUGGAAGAAAGAAGGGAGUGGCACCCAUGACACUUGCUGGAGAAUCCAAAUGUGCCCACAGGCUUAAAAUGUUGGUAACCUCUCCCAAGACAAUUACUGGUGUUUUGAAGUAUCAUUUUGCAUAUUUUAAGUUGUCAUUGUAUUGUCAGUGUACUGUUGUAUACAAUUGCCAUUUAACUUCAACCUUUACCUCAUAACUGAGAAUCCCACUCCUUGUAUCUGAUGGAAAUUUCAAUUCUAUAAAAGACAUAUAAAGCUUAUGCCAUAAUAAAUUUUGUUACAUUUGAAGAUGUUACAAGAUACUUUGUGUUAUUUACUGCAGGAAAACAACAACCAGAUACUCAUUUUGAAGUUGGUUUUUGUGCUUGUAGUUCAGAAUCUGACCUUUUCCUUUGCGGUUUCAUUUGUCCCACUGCAACUAUUUUUGCAUCUAGAGGUAUGAAAAUCUUAUGCCAAUGUGCAAGAUAAAGGAAUCUAUGUUUAGGUUAUGUAUAAUUUUUACUAAAAGUUUUUACGAUUUAUUUUUUUUGCUAACAUUUACAUGAGCAUGGAUCUCAGAGGUGAAUGGAUGAGCUCCUGUUAGAGAGGACAGAGAAGCUCUUCAGCUUCCUCUGUUUUUGCUUCAUCAGAGCCUGUCUAUAGAGGGACAAAAGCAACACUGAGACUAUCUUGUCUAUACUUUGGGAAGUUGGCAAAGAUAGCAAAAACUCAAGCCGAGUUUCCUUCUGACCUGAGGUAGUAGAAAUUAAAUCCAUUAAUGCAUGUAGAAUGCAUACAGCCAGAAUGCAUGUAGAACUGUGUGUUUAGUCUUUAGUAGAAGAAGAAAGGCAUCACAGUUUUUUGAGCUGCUUGAGAUACAGGUUGAGGACCUAAAAUAGUGUUCCUCAAUUUGAUGACCUUUAGAUGUUUUAGUCCAUAACCAGUGAUAUGGGGUGGAUUUUUUUCUGUACAAUAUAUUCAAUUUCUUAAGUUAAUUCGUAGCAAUGACAGUCAAGCAUGGCAGCUCCAAAGUUUUUUUAUUUAUUUACUAAAUACAAGUAAAAUGCUAAAUUAGAGCAUCAGAAAACUUUCUUGUGCAAACUGAACAUUUUCUGAUGUGAAUUAACUCCUAUGCAAAUUACCAUGAUUUGCAUAGGAACAUUUUCCAAUUCUGAAUGUUCUGGAAAACCCACAUUACUAGCUGCAACUCUGUCAGCUUUGGCUAGCAUGGCCAUCUUAGUAAAAAGGUAACUGGAAGGCACCAUGUUGGGAAAGCCUAGUCUUUCAGAUUAAAUUGGGCUUCCCCAUUUACAGUGGUACCUCGCAAGACGAAAGAGUUUUUCGUUUUUUGAGUCGUUCCGCAAGACGAAUUUCCCUAUGGGCUUGCUUCGCAAGACGAAACGUCUUGCGAGUUCUUGCGAGUUUGUUUCCUUUUUCUUAAAGCCGCUAAGCCGCUAAUAGCCAUGCUUCGCAAGACGAAAAAACCGCAAGACGAAGAGACUCGCGGAACGGAUUAAUUUCGUCUUGCGAGGCACCACUGUACUUGAGCUGCCUGAGAGGGCUGAAAGCAGAUAAGUGCCUUCCUGGAUGAGCUCCUCUGUGAGAGUCUAGAUUUACCCAGGAACAGGCUAGGCAUCUUGGGCUUUAAAAGCAAGUAGUUCAGAAAAUGCCCUCCAAGGGCCGUAAUCUAGCUUCUCUCAUUUGCUUAUAAAAGAGAAUUUGCUAGGGCAUUUGUUUGCUAAGGGCACCUUGAAAAGCGAUCAUGACAAGUGCUGUUUCUGUUUCCUGAUUUCCCUAAGGAUGUUGUAGAUUAGUGUUGUGGAAUUAAGAGAGCAAAAAGCCUUGGCCAAAGAGAAACUUGAGAAUAUUAUUACAAGUGCCCCAUGGUGUUACACAUUGAAGAUGGAGUUGCCAGUCUGGUACUUUCUUUUAACAUUUCUGGGCAGGGGCCCCAGACUCUUUGGUAUCAUCAUCCAUCCUAGGAAUUUGUGAAGCAAAAUGUACCUGUAGCUUUCUAAGCUAUUUCCGUGAAAUAAGCUAGCCUACCUGCUCCCUGUCAGUGUGAAGUAAAGUGAGUAAAGUCAGAGCUGUGAUUGAUAAGUGAGAUGUUUGGACACAAAGCAAUGGGAAUCCCUGAGGAUCCGAAAGAGCUUCUUUUUUCCUUUUUCGCUUUAGUGUACUUUCCCAGCUUCUGGCUUAUUUUCCAGUCCUUGGAAUCUUUGUUAUUUGCCCUUCUCUCUCCCCCCCGCCCCCGGGUUCAGGAUGCAUCCUCUCUGUGGUGGGGUCCUCUGAGAACAAGUAGUCAGUAGAGGGUUUUGGUUUUUUUCCAAAUGCUACUACAUGAUGUGUAGGUGGAUGUAAACUAAUCCCCCUGCUACCACAAAAGGCAAAUGUGAAAACUUGGCAAAGAGGCUUAGGCAUGUUUCCUGCUGUGCCGGAGCUAAAAACCAGAGACUUAUUUAAGAAUUCACGGUAUAGUUAACUUAUACAAUGUUACACAUGUCUACUCAGAAGUAAGUCUUUGUGUUUAAUGGACUUUGGUUUACAGUUUGUCUUGGGGGAAAAUAGAUUUCUUGCACCUCUAAUGAUCAUCUGUCAGGCAGAAAUUCAGCAGACUAUGCUUUUUCUUGCAUUGCUGCUGUGCUGGACGUUAAAAAGACUGGAGGGUGUGUGUUUUGACAAUAAAUUUUAGACUUUUCAGUUCUAUUCCCCUGUGUUGUUAAAUGUUUUCCCGUGCUCUUUCUCCUUGUACCUGUGCUCCCUUCUAAACUUAUUAGUGUGCUGCUAUUUCAUAUCCUUGUCCUGGGCUAGUAGAGGAGACAGAGAAUUUUGCACUCCCUUUAGGCCACUGCAUAGCUUUGCUAUGGAAGCUGGGGCUCAAAUGAGUAUGAGAGCCUUUAUGCUGUAUUAAAACGGGGCAGUAUUAGAGCAAUCUGUGUAACUGCUGUUAUGUCAGUGGCAAUAGAGAUGAGCCGCAUCAUCACAAGUAGUCAGGUGAGAGAUGUUUUUACAAAUUUAGAAUAUAGUUUAGCAAUGAGAAGCUGAUUCAUUUGUGAGAUUCCUAUGAUGGUUCAUAAUAAAGUUAACAAACUGGCAAGUUUUGCCAAGACAGCAGUUUUCAAUAAGUACAGGGGGAGGUUCAUACAGAAUCUGGAGCAAAUUAUGGUAAUUCACAGAAACAAAAAUGUACUAUGUGGAGAAGUUGGUAUUAGUUUCUUUUGAUCAACAUAUAGACUAAACAGUAUUGUUUUCUACGGGUUAUUUUUAUGAGACCUUUUAAAUGGGAUCAUUUCAUUAAGGAAACAGAAUAUAAUUAAAUACAAUGCUUAAAAUUGUAUUUCUGUACCCACUUUCUUCCAGGUAAGUCUCACUGAACUCACAGGAGUUUACUGUUCAGAAGGAUUUCACUGUAGAUACUAGAUUCAUAGAAAUGUAGAGUUGGAAAGACCACCAAGGGUCAUCUAGCCCACCUCUUCAAUGCAGGAAUCUCAACUAAAGCAUCCAUGACAGAUGGCAAUCCAACCUAUGCUUCAAAAUAUCCAAGGAAGGAGAGUCCACCACCUCAUUGGAAUCUCUUCCAAUUUCAAGCAGAUCAUUUAUUGGGAAUUAAAUAGUGGCCCUGAAUUGCAUAUAUUUUGUAGUUGGUUAGUAUUCCCCCCCCCCCCAAAUUCAGAUUUUAAACUUUUGAACAAAUGACAUGCCCUCCAACUUUCACUGUGACUUUGUACUCAGUGUGAAAUGUUUUGGUUCAGUUUAUGGGGCUCUUGAUAGAUCUUAGAAAAUUGUGAUAGAUCACAUAUGGAUCUACAAUGUGCUUACCAGGUUGCCAUUGGCUAGUGAUGGGGGAUAGAAAAUUUUCUGUUGGUACAUUUUUCCAUGGAAAACUGAAGACUUUCUAAAAAUGCAUAUAAUAAAUUACUGUAGUGCUAAUCAAAAUGGAUAGUUACAUGGUUGUAAUCAAGUUUUGGAGAGUGUGCAUCCAUAUACAUGUAAUGAGUGUGCUCAAAAUGUCAUACUUGCAUUUUCAGUGUCUUUAUUCUUCCCCAAAAUAAAAACAGUGUAAGGAAACGUAAGCUAUUGAUUUGACAAAUCUUAAAAUAUUUGCAUUAAAACAACGGUUUUCCAGUUGAGUCUUUGAUUUUGAAGAUAACAUUUAAACCACAUAAUAUGUUAUUCCCCCUGCCGUGAAAUAUUUAAGUUUAAAUACCUCAGGGUAUUGGAAACUUCUUGAGUUAUUGAGGAAUUCAAAUUAACAUGGAAUACUUCUUAAAAUUUUGUUUACAAAAUAAAAUGUAACCAUGAUAAUUCAGAUCCCAGUCAACUUAGGAAUUUAGCAAAUCUAAAGCGGAACUUUCUGGAAAACCCACACCAUUGCUUGUAGUAACUGCAUACUGUGAUCUGGCAAGUGCCUGCCCUUCUCACAAAGAGAGAGAUGGGUGGGACUCUUCAUUUCAGCUGUUUUGCUGGGCUUCAGUGGCAUUUGGAAGCACUGGUUCGGGCUAGGGAAGCAAUUUAGGUAGAAUUGCAUACAAUAGUUCCCAUAGGAAAAUGUUCUGAUGCCCUAGAUUGAUUUGACUUAGCAUGUUCAUUUUAUAUAUGUUUAGUAAAUUAAGCUAAAAACUUUGAAGCAGCUGAAUUUGUUUCAAGUGGCAUCCGUUUAUUGUGAAAUAAUGGUAGACUGAACCUGGGUCCAUGCGGCUCUUUUUCUUUUCCCCCAGUGCUGAUCUGUGAUUCAUGGGAAUUUAUUGUUACUACCAAACUUACAAAACUGACAAUUUUCUAGAGAAAAGUUUCUGCCCCACGUCACUGCUUGAAAGCAGUAAGAAUUUCUUAAGAGGCCCCUACUUGUGGGUGCCUGUUUAGAGGGAUUGAAUUUCAUAUCAAACUCAUAGCCUGAAAGAACAGUUUAUUUACUGUUUUGUAGCUACAGCCACCAGAGCUUUUGGUAACAGCCAUCUCAAAGUUUUUCUGAUUAAUUAUAAAUACAUAGUUGAGAAGGGGGGAGACUGCUGAACAACACACUAUGGUAAUGCUCCUUAAGAAAAGUCUCAUUAUUUUUUCUCUACAAAAGCUGCAAUUUCAGGGUCUGUGGAUAUGGCUGUGUAAACCCUUACCUUCCAUUCUUUUGUGCAAUUUUUCAUGCCUAUCACAUCCAUUAUUCCCUAGUCAGCUGCGGCUGCUGCUUUAGGGGGUUGGGAUGAGGGAAUAUAUUGUAGUUGUCCAGGCAACCAGGCUGAAGCUCCUUGCCGCACUGGAAAUUUCAUUAACUGACAUUGCCAGGUGGCAGGAUUUUUGCCCUGUUCAGCAAUGAACACAUAUAGUUACACGUGAUUAGUUGGAGCUGGGUAGGGAUUGGGAUGUCACAGUGUUACUAUGAAUGAGAUAUGCUUUCCCAUCCAUGCUCUGCUGUAUAUAGUGAGUUUUACAGAACAGCAUCCAACUUGUUCCAUCAGUGCAAUGAUUUUUCCUUGCACAAUGCAACACCACCACCCCAGGGGGAAAAAAUGUACUCUGGUUUCCGUCACCCCUCUGAAGCAUUUUUGCAGUGAGGAGAAAGGAGGAAGUUCUGUUGUGCAAGUGGAAAUCCUUGUGCUGAUGGAAUACCUACAUUCUUUUGGGAAGGUGUGUGCAUGACUUCUGCCAGGUGCGAAAAGUGCACCACAUUUCUGCUUUAGUCUUUACAGACAGAAAAAAAUACAUGACAUAAAACCCAGCUAGUUUACUGUGUUGAGCUUUUACAAAAAAGUAAGUUUCUUGGAUACAACAGAAGUAUUUACUUUUUUGAUAAACCCUUUUGGACUUGAGGCCCAAUUCUUUUCUUAACUUAAACCCUAUUUUGUUUUCCAUGGAUUAAUCUGGAUAUGUGACUCUUCAUAUUAUGUAAAAGAAGAAUUUGAAACUGGUAAAGUGAACUAAAGUGAAUUAGUUUUAGGAGGGAUCUUCCUCUUUUCAGUAAAUGUUUUGUUACCUUGUUCUAAUGAAUGGAUGUGUAGCUCCUUAAAAUAAUAAUAAUAAAUAGUAAUAGUCAUAAUAGGUUUUUUGUUUUCUUUCUGGUUCUUAAUGGGGAGGAAAAUAUGAUUUAUCUCUCACUGGCAAGAAAAAGAAUGACUACUCUAUGCCUCCCACAGCAUGCUUGACUUAUGUUGUCUUUGCCAUUUACACUUAUAUCACCUGUAGCCUAGUAUUGGAUUUUUAUGUAAAAAAUAUUGAGCACAGGAGGGCCUAUGUUCAUACAGCUUUUCAGUAAAUACUAGCUUUUGCUUCAUAUGAUAAUUUAGUAGCUGUAGUUUGCUUUCCACUAUUACUGUUCUUACCCUUGGUUUGCCCUUAAUUUUCUCUUGGUUUGCCCUUUGGGCAUUGGCUUAUUCGUAGUUUUUUUUUAUAUAUUGGUUUCUAUUCUGGUUUGGGCAUCCCAUUUCCUUAUGGAGUUUUGUAUUUUGAGAGACUGUGUGUGCCUGAAUAAACGCUUGGUUUUUUUGUAUCUUGUUGCAUCUUGAUAUUCUCACUGUUUUGAGUGUGUGUGUGUGUGUGUGUGUGUGUGUUCUAUAGCAUCUUAUAUGGGAUUUAUAUUCUUUGAUUGUAAUACGCCAAUAUAUUGUCCUUGCAUGUGUUAUUUCUAUAUUUUGCUCCCAAUUCAUUCCAUUUUGGUGGGCAGGGGGAGUAGGUGUGAUUGUAGUUUUUUUUAAUGUUUAUUCACCUGUGGGGUUUUUGAGCUUAUUCACCCUAUCUCUUUUGUUUCGGAUGUCAUUUAUUUCUAUCAACCAUAUGACUUCAUGUGGAGUAUGUUUUAUUAGAACGUUUAGCAUCAUUGUUAUAGUUUGGGUUAUUUCUUGACUAGGUGAGAACUGUUGGCAAAUAAAUGAAGUAUUCAGAAGACAAAAUGAGGUAGUUAUUUCAGUAAAAUUAUAAUCUCAUGCAGGGCAGUCUGGUAGUGGUGCUGCUUGCCAGCAUUGUCAAAUAUGUGAAGCAGUUAUCAAUAAUUUAUCACUUAAGUUCGCUUCAUAUGACUGAACUACUGCUGUAUUUCAGAUGAUAAGGACAGGAAUCUUGAAUUGUGCCAGCUUUGAAGUGCUUAUGAUGCGUACAGAAAUAGAAUUUUAAAACUGCCUUUGUGAUAGACAAUUGGAUUAUUUUAACAGUUGAGAUUACAGUAUAUUGGUUAAGUUAGCUAUCCAUUUAAGAUGGGGACAGGCUUCACAUGUAUAAGUCUUUUUUGGAGGGGGGCGUCAUUGAUCUUCCCCUUCAGUGAUUUUUUAAUUUGAGAUGCCAUCUCACUGGGCCAUGUUAAAGAUAGCAUGCUAGGAUAUUGAAGGUUAGGUGACCUAACAUUUCUGGUUUGAUGGUAGUUUUUGGAAUUAAUGUGACAAGCUUCCUUUUACUAUACAGUUUUUUCCCUUAUCUUGUACCUGUCUCCUCCUCAGAAUAUGCUAUGGGUAGUUUCCGAAGAUUUCUGGCUAGCCAAAUGAAUAUUUGUUGCAGCCAGGACCCUAUUCCUCCCCUGCAGUGCAAUCCUUGGAACAUUUGCUAUGCUUAGAUGCAGUUAUAGCAUAGGAUUGGGUUCUUGCUCCCAACAUGAUGGAUAAUUCUCCCUAUCCUCUUCAGAUUUAAAGCUGCAGUAGUUGAUAACAUCCUUACAGUUGGGCUUGGCAUUUGAGAACAUUGGAAGCCAGCACAGCUAUGGGUUUCAAGUUCGUACAGAGCUUGUCUGAGACCCAGGUUUGGGAGUCUUGCUAGAAUAAAGUUAUAAGCUUGAACAGCAAUAAGUCUGGCAGGCUGCUCCCUGCCCAGCAUGGGCCUAGUGGACGUGACCCUUGCCUCCCUGCCAGCUCCAGACAUGGAACUUUUCGGGGGGGGGGGCAGGGACUUGUUUUAAUUGUAGGCAAUGUACCUGCUGCCCAUUUCCCAAAUGGCUAGCUACAUCUUACUUUCCAGCUUGGUCCCACAGAGGUAAAUAGAUAUACUGUAUACAAAGAGGAACUUACUAUUUUCAUUCCUCCCUCCACCCAUCCCACAGAUUUCAUUCCCGACAUUGGCAAGUGAAAUAAUGGUGCACAGAAUAUGUGUCCAUGUGGCUCCAUUUCAUUUUUUUCUAGUGAUGAUCCCUUCUUCAGAGAUAUACGCAAGUAAACCAGCUGUCAGCUUUUGCUUGAUGGCAGUAAUUCUCUCCAAUAGGUGGCCAAUUCACUAUCAGUUUGGAAGCGAAAAAGAGCCAUCCAAAAGUAGUAGUUUCUACAUAGGUGUUAAAUAUGUAGAAGAAUAUACCUUUGCAGAUACUUAAAAAACAAACAAACAAAAAGUCUUACUGGGACCUGUAAACUUCUUCCAGCAUAUCCAGGAAGAGGAAAGAAGGUUAGUCAAGAGGACAUUUAGAAUAGAAUAGAAAAAUUGUCUCCUAACAACUCUUAGUAAGUAUUCAAGGGAAGGGACUUGAAUCUAUGGUUGAGGGUGGAUGCAUGCCAUGAGGUUUAAACAACAACAUUUCACCACCACCACUACAUUUCCACCCUGCACUAUACAGGGAUGUUUUAGUAGGAAUGAAAGGGGGGGAGAUAAUCCCCCCUUCCUCAAUCUCCAGUGCCUCCCCCCAACUCUUCUGGAUUACAGCUAUUAAAUACUCUGAUUUGCGGGUGGCAGCCCCCAAGUUAAGCUUUUAACACUAUAGGAUGAUGACUAGUGGCUCUUAGGUCUUGUCCAGAGAGUCGGCUGCUAUCAGAUCACUUUUAGCACAUCGGGAGAAGGACUUUCUUUCCCUCCUGAAUAAUACACAUAGGAUUUACCAGUUCUUUUUUUCAAGCUGUCUGAAGUCCUGAGCUGGAAAGCUCGUCUUUGGAACUGGCACUACACUGCCAGCAAAAGAGAAAUGUUUACACUUGCAACCAUUAGUCCUAUAAUACACUUCAUAAAUAUUUUUUUUCCUGAUUUCAAUGGUAUUUCAAAGUGAGUGUGCUCCAGAGUGCCCAAGUAAACCUGUGAGUUUAAAGGAUAGAUAUACAAUUUCUUUAAAGUCUUGAAGCCAGAGUACAAUAUUUUUUUUUUACUCCUGUUGCAAAAAACAGAAAUAUGUGCAAUGCAUAAAGUUUAUUGAAGAAUAUAUUAUGUAGAACUUAAAUUGUUAGUAUUAAAGUUAAAAGUAAGUAUCUGUUUUAAGUAUAAUGCUAGAGAUAAUGCUGCAAGCUGCAGUAGCUGUAAGGUACCUAAGAGUUUUGCCACAUGGAGAAAUGGGAAAAAACCUCUUUGAUCAAUUAGGAAUGCUUUAAUUAAUUAACAUAUAUCUAACCUGUCCUUCAUCAAAAACAGUGUUAUGCAACUUAAAACCAUAAAUAUAUAAAGUUCUGUACUCAAUUUAAGUGCUGAAAGCAGUUUUAUCUUAGAGGCAUUUGACCUUCAGGAAUGUGCCUUCCAAAAUAGUAGCUACAGCAACAUGUACAUACUAAAAACAUGGUAUGUUUUUCUCUAGAAAUAUUGUCAUAUGCAAAUCUAUACAGAUUCAAAACUUGAGAUUUUCUGUUUAGUUCUUUGUUUGAACUAUAUGCUAUAGGGAGCACUUAAUUCAUCAAAGCCGUUCAUAUUCAUUUGUUAGUUAAAUCCUGCUUUUCCAUUUUUUAAAAAAGCAACCAGUUGAAAACAUAAUUAAGUUUUCAGAUUAAAAUACAGAGUUGGCCUUAGGACCCCCAAAAUGAGUUACGAAUAAGACAUCAUGAUUCAAAUCCAGGAUUGAAAACAGUAUCAACGUUAUGCAGCCACCUAAGAAGAACCAUACUGAAUUGGAUCAAAGGCCCAUCUAGUCCAUUGCUCUGUUCUCACAGUGGUUAACCAGAUGCCUGUGAGAAGCAUAUAAGCAGGAUAUGAACAACCGGUGCUCAGAAGCAUCCUGCCAUUGAUCCUAGAGGGUUGUACAUUUCCAUCAUGACUAGUAUCCAUUGAUAGCCUUCUCCUAUAUUAAUGUGUAUACCUGUUGAGUCUAUGUGAUGUGGUAGACAUUGCUACAUCUGGUGGUAGCAAAAUCUGUGGCUCAGCUAUGUGCCAUGCGAAGAAGUACUUAUUUUGUCAUCAGCAAAAUUGUUUACCUUACUGUUCACCCUUAAGUCCAGAUCAUUUAUGGGCAAAUUUAAAAUGCUGGUCACAAUACAGGCCUUGAAGGGACCCCGCUUCUUGUAUCCCUCCAUUGUUAUUGCUGCCUUCUACUGCUUGCUCCUUAACCAGUUUCUAAUCCUGAAGAGAACAUUUUCUCAUAUCCCAAGAUCUUUAAACCUACUCAGGAUUCUUUGGUGAAGUUCUAAGUAUACAGUGUCUACUGGAUCACCCCUAUCCACAUGCUCAUUGGCAUCUGGGGGUUGAGGAGCCCCCACUGAUGUCAUCUGUUGAAGUGAUGAACAGGAUUCUUUCACACUCCUUCAGAUGUUGGUCCUGAUAUUUCCUCAACAAGCAAAUCCCUUCCACAUUUAUGAGUAGAUGAGUAGACUCCUUAGCCUCCUUGCUCCAUGAAGAAGAUUAAUUUUUUGUCAAGUAAGUACCUGCAGCACUUACUUGACACAAAAUUAUGGACCCCCUAAAGCAUUUGGGCCAACAAUGAGGGGUAGUAUCAGCAGUUGGGGCUAUGCAGAAAGGCCCCUUUCUCCGUGUAAGAUAAAGGUGGCUCAAACAGAACUUGCCCCCUGGUUCUUGGGUCAUCAAGCAAUCUAGUCAAGCUUGGAAUGGAGAAGCAUGCAAGGAUGUUUCCUGUUCCAUCGCUCUCAAUCUUUGCUUGCAGUGUUCGGAUGGGGUUGCCAAAAUGAAACCAGGGAAGCUCAUUAGUAUAACAGUUUUCAAACCAAUAAGGUCAUAUGACAGAUCUGUACUCUUAAAGCUUAUUCUCUUUUAUUUGGACAUCCAGUAAGUUCUUGAUGGUAAACAUUGUACAUUGAGCACAUUUUUAUACCCUCUGCAGAUAAUAACAGAAUGAUGAACCAUAGUGUGCAUUAAAAGUGAAUGCCUACUUUAUUAUGACUCUAUCGAUCAAUGGAUAUGGCCCAAUUCAGACAAAUCAUUUUACAGUGGUGCCUCGCAAGACGAAAUUAAUCCGUUCCGCGAGUCUCUUCGUCUUGCGGUUUUUUCGUCUUGCGAAGCACGGCUAUUAGCGGCUUAGCGGCUAUUAACGGCUUAGCGGCUUUAAGAAAAAGGACACCAACUCGCAAGAACUCGCAAGACGUUUCGUCUUGCGAAGCAAGCCCAUAGGGAAAUUGGUCUUGCGGAACGACUCAAAAAACGCAAAACCCUUUCGUCUAGCGAGUUUUUCGUCUUGCGAGGCAUUCGUCUUGCGGGCCACCACUGUACUAUAAACUUAAUAUCUGGAUAAAUGUUAACCUGGGAAAGGUGCAGAGAGAAGAAAUGGCAUGGUGCAUCUGAAACAGCACAACUGGACGCCUUCAUCUGCCCCAGCUGCAACAAGAUAUGUCUCUCUCAUAUCAGUCUUUACAGCUACAACAGGCACUGUAACCUUUGAACAGUUUGGCUUCAUCUCGAAAGGCACACUCCUCCAUUGCCUCCCAAGACGGACGGAUGCCAACCAUAUGCUUAAACACAUUUUGGUUUAAUGUGCUUUAUAAAUGCUGAGGAAGGCAAAGGCUUACUAUUUGAAACACACUGUUUUCCUUGACAAAUUUUCAUAGACCUGAAUUUAUCAUUUGUCUUUCAGUGCGAGGAUGUCGUCCAGGAAAGAUUGUGCAGAUGACAGAGGCCGAAGUUCGGGGCUUGUGUAUAAAAUCACGAGAAAUCUUUCUUAGCCAGCCCAUACUUCUGGAGCUAGAGGCACCGCUGAAGAUCUGUGGUAUGUGGUGAUUAAUGUUGUAUACUAAAGAAGCAAAGCUUUUAACCUGCAAAAUAAUAUUUGCCGAAUGUUGCUAUGUAUUCAAAAUAUGUAAACAGUAAAGAGAAGCAAAACCAUUUAACAUGAAAAGAUAGCCUGCUUACCCUACUAAAAUGUGGUAAUUUGGUACUCUUUUACUACUUUGAGUGAUUUAUAUCCUAAAUACUCCUGCCAAGUCUUAAGCUAAUUCAAAACCUGCUGUACAAAGAAAUACUGUAUUUAAUAUAUAGUAAAUACUAAUCUUGGGUUUAAUUUAGUUCCUAUAUUAUUAAAGUAAUUUAGGAGGCAAGACUUAAGUACUAAAACACUUCAUAUUUUCACAGUUAUUUUUCAGCCUACUUGUGCAUUCUUUUUUGGGUAAGACCCAAAAGGGGAGUGUCUUGCCUUUUGAUGUGAAGGUCAAGAAUGCUUGCUAAACAACUUUAGGCUUUGGGAGGAAUGGCAACAUGCCACUGCAGUUUCACUCUGAAUGCCUUCGUUUCCCUGAAUCAGCAUUCAACAGGAAGAGUUCUGCCAUCACUAGCUGAGCUAUAGCUCUUUGAGAGGCUAGAAGAUUUCAGAGGGACAGUACAGACUAGAAAAACAAAUGCAGUUGCAUCUGGGCUUAGUUUAGUUUAAAUAGUAUUUUAUUAGCAGGUUUAAAAGCAUCUGAGUGUUUCUAAGUGCAUUCAAAUGAUAGAUUAAAAACAUCUGUUUUUAACCUAUCAUUUGAAUGCACUUAGAAACACUCACAAACUGAUUUGUAAUUGAAGUAUUUUUUGCUAUUUGAUAUUUUUAUCCUGCCCUUCCUCCCCAAAAGAGCUCAUCAAAAUAAUAACACAAUAUAAUUAAACAUUACAAUUAAACUGCUAAAACACUUUUUAAAGAAUAUGUACAAUUCCUAGCUCCUAAACGCCUUUCAGACCAGUGGUAUGUUUACUGUAGAGAUAAGUCCUAGAAAAAGGCAUUGCCAUUUAUUUUUAAGGCACCAGCAUGCUGCUCCUAUUUCAUUUAUUUUAGUUGCUUAUGAUGCUGUUCUGUGAAGUAUAAAUCUAUUUUUGUAUUUGAUUUUUUAAUAUGUAAUGCUUUUUAUGUUUAAGAGAACAUUUUGUUCUUCUGUUAAUUAUUCUGUUUUUAAUGUGUACUUUGUAUUAGAUCUUAAUUUGUAAUAUUUUAUUUUGUAAUGUUUUGGUUGAUGCUUGUAAGUUAGAUUGUAGAGCACUUAGCAAUUUAAAAAAUUGGUAUAAAAAUGAUUUUAAAUAGUAAUAAAGCCCUAUUCUUUGCAAAAUCUUGGUAAUAUUAAAGCCUGCAAUAUAGCAAUAACUUUUUGCGUGCAGCAUGAUAAAAACAAGUAGUUAGUAUGCAAAGAUGUAGAAGCAAUAACAGCUGUCCACAUGGAGAUUACAAGAUAGUAGGAAGGCGGUACAAUUUCCUGACUGUUAGUAGUGGUAUAGGAAUGUGUGAGAGGUACUAUUAUAAAAAGUGUCUACAACAAGCAUAUGAAAAAUGUAGCAUGCCUUGAGGCCAAGAAGGUAUCCGUGAUUUAUUUAAAUAUUUCAGGUUGUAUCCAACUAACUUCUACUUAAAAUAGACCCAUUGGAAUUGAUGGUCCUAAAUUAGUCAAGUCCAUUAAUUUCAAUGGGCCUACUCUGAGUAGGCUAUCCUUGGAUACAACUGUUAAACUUCUUAAAGAGUGCAACAGUAUAAAAGCUUCCAUUUUCAAGGUGAAAAGUAAACUAGGAGAAUGUUUGCCACCACCCAAAAAAUGUGGAAGCAAGCCUGUUAAAUGGUACAUCUUUAAUAACUGUAUCGCACUGAUCCAAUAGGAUCUGAACUGGCUUCCUGUACAUAACUGGUUGGAUUUCAGAGUGUUAAUAUCUUGCAAAGCCCUAAAAGCUUGGUGCGAGGGUAUGUGAGAGAAUGUUUUCCCCAUUUUGUCCUGACUGAUCAUUCAAAUCUACCUAGAAGUGUGUGUUGGUGUCCAUCCUCCCUGUCUCCCCUUUGGAAGCUGGUGGAAAGAUGUUGGGGAGGGCCUUUUAUACUGCAGCACCCUAGUUAUUGAACAGCUUCCCGUCAGAAGCUUGGGAGGUAAUAGUGGCGGGGUCUUUUUGAUGACCAGUUAAAACCUGACUGUUUGCAUAGGUUUUUGGCUCAUACUAAUUUUAGCUUGCAGUGGGAUCUGCCUGGUGGUUUACUUCAUUGUUGAAGGUGAUUUUAUGAUAUAUUAUAUUGUAUUAAAAGGUUUAUAUAAUGUAUACUCUGCCCUAAGAACUUAUAAUAGAGGGUGGAAGAGAAAUAUUUUAAUAAACUUAGGUUGUAUCAAAUGUUAGUCACAUACAGUGGUACCUCGGGUUACAGAUGCUUCUGGUUACAGACGCUUCAGGUUACAGACUCCGCUAACCCAGAAAUAGUACCUCAGGUUAAGAACUUUGCUUCAGGAUGAAAAUAGAAAUCGCACAGCAGCGGCGCGGUGGCAGCGGGAGGCCCCAUUAGCUAAAGUGUUGCUUCAGGUUAAGAACAGUUUCAGGUUAAGAACGGACCUGCAGAACGAAUUAAGUUCUUAACCCGAGGUACCACUGUACAGAGUAGGCCUAUUGAAAUUAAUGGACAUAACGAAGUGGAAUUGAGGAGGAAACAACCCCCUUAGUAUUUUACCGCCAAAGCAGAGUAUCUGUUUUUGGUUUUUACUACCAGCUGGGGAUUUUCUUCUAAUAAUAAUUUCUUCUAAUAAUUGUUUCUACAUACUAUAUAUAAUAAUUGUUUCUACAGACUAAAUAUAUCUGCAAUCUUAAUUUUCAUAGGUGACAUCCACGGUCAAUAUACAGAUUUGCUUCGAUUGUUUGAGUAUGGGGGAUUUCCACCUGAAGCCAACUAUCUAUUUCUGGGGGAUUAUGUGGAUAGAGGCAAACAAUCCUUGGAAACCAUCUGCUUAUUACUUGCAUAUAAAAUCAAAUAUCCAGAGAAUUUUUUCCUCCUGAGGGGAAACCAUGAGUGUGCUAGUAUUAAUCGCAUCUAUGGAUUCUAUGAUGAAUGUAAGUAGAGUCUUAUAUAAAUGUUUCUAGUAGUUAACCUUUUCUUGGCAUGCUUUGAAACUUGUAGAAAAAUUCACCUAACAGUAUUGAAUUAAUACUAUUUUAUGUUUCUCUUUAAACUUGUGAAAUAACCUCUGAAUUACCUUUGCAUUCAGCAGUUACUUAAAUAAAAAUGGCACUCUUUUUGAAUGGUCAGACUACCGUAUGUAAUGUGAUAAAUUGCUGCUCUUCUAAUUCCAUCAGGUAAACGGCGGUUUAAUAUCAAGCUCUGGAAGACAUUUACAGACUGUUUUAAUUGCCUGCCUAUUGCAGCCAUUGUAGAUGAGAAGAUUUUCUGCUGCCAUGGAGGUAAGCAGAACACACCUUUCAUAACAGUUAAAUUACUUGUUUCUCCAAAGUUUGGACAAAAGUCCAACCAAUGAGUUUUCUUGUCCCUUACCUCUUAACUAAUAUCAAACAAAGUGAAUUUGAAAUGCAUUAUAAUGCCAACAUCUAGAAUAUCAUUGGUUUCCCAGAAUCUAGCCAGAGAAAUCUUGAUGAAUGAGCAUAUACAGCUUGCCAGCAGGGUAUAGCAGUUUAAUUAGUUUUUUAUAGUCCUGAAGAAGGCAGAGGUUAUAGAUUUGAAGUGAUGAGUAUGUUGACCUCUGGGUCUUUUGACUGAUUUUAGUGUUCAGUUUUAAAUACUGGUCCUUUAUCAUUUGGCCUUCCCUCAUUCGUCAGGCUCAUUACAAAGAUUGUGGUGAUCUUAGAUAGCAUUUUCAAGGCAACAGAGCAUACAUCCAUACCUCUUGGCUAUCAUUAAGGACAUCAGCAUAGGAAAAGUAGCCUACAGAGGAAUUGAUGAAGGAUGUGAGAAGCCUCAAGGAAGCAAAACUUCCUGCUGGGCAGGAAUUUUAAGUUACUUAAUUCCAUCUCAGGGAUUUGCAACACCCACAUGACCACAUCACUAAGUGGUCCUGUCCUUCAAGAAGGAAGUGCAUUUACUAGCCCAGCUCAACCGUAUUAGAGCCUACUAUGGGUAGUGCCUCUGGUCAUCUUCCUGGGUCCUCAACCAUUGGAUAGAAUGCAACAGCCAUCUCUGAAAGAGAAACGGUAUCCCUAUUUCAGUCUGUUAACCGCAAAAAUAGAACCAUAUCCUCAAGAGAUCAUGCUUCUAUUCUGCUAGGUAGAAAGGUGCAGCUCUUUGAGCCAAUAAUAUAUUGGUAUGAACAAUCAGGAAGCCAGCUGGCUCAAAGGGAAAUGAACUUUGGAGAGUAAACCAUAGCCCAAUAUUUCAUUCAGAGUUUGAGCAUUUGGUCUCUGGUCAGGCCUCCACAUUUGACCCACAUUUGACCCACCAGGCCAUUUUCAGAAAGCCAAACCCACAUGAGCAUUGGGCAAGGGUGGGACUCCAAAGGAACAAAUCAGGAACUUAAAGGUCCCAGUUGUUCUUUGGAUCCAGUAUGGCAUGCUUCCACUCACCCAUCAGCUGUGAUGGGCAGGUUAUCGUGCACCUUCAGCCCCCUCACCCAUGGUUCACUUGCUUUGAAAUCCCAAGAAUCGGGGCUUUAAAGGGAAUCUUUAAAGGGAAUAGUGACAUUAGGUGAUAGACAGGUGGGUGGCCUUGCCCACCUAUCAACCUUGGUCCACCAGGCAUGGGGAAGGUAAAGAACUGGCCCUCUGGCCAGAAAAGAUUCCCAGCCCUUUCUUCCUAUUCCCUUUAAAGAUGGGAUAAAUUGCAAUAUUCUUGGAAUAAAUUGCUGAAGUGUUGAAGAAGCCAAAUUCAGAAGAAAUUAUCAGGACUCCCAUCCUAGAAAUAAUCACAGUGUGGAUAAAUCGGAACACUCAGCCAUUAUUGAAGCGCUUCACAAAUACUUGGUUUGCUUCCUAAUACAUUUGCAAAACACAUGUGUCACAUGGUUGUUUCUUUUUUUAAUAGUUGUACUAGCUUAAAGUCUUAAAAGAAAUUAACCUUUUUAGUUUAUGUGUUAUAAUGAUACGGAUAGACCGCUUGCAGGGAUGUGCCUGACUAUGUGCCCUCUGGAUCCUUGCCCAUUACAGCUGGUGAAAUUGAACCUGGCGGGAGGGUUAUUUCCUGGUUGUGGGCGACAGCGUCAUUAUGUAAGGGAGUGGUGCCUGCCACUUUGGGGGUGCAAUCAUUAGCGGGGGGAAAGCCAGCCUGGUCACUAAUACUCUCCAUUGGAGGAAAGUGUUUGAGAGGGUCAUGCUAGAACAACUACAGAUACUUUUGGAUAAGACUGAUUUAUCUGGAUCGAUACUGGUCUAGAUUCAGAAACAAAUUAGUAUUGGACAUCAUGAUGACCUUUAUGGCAACAGAAGCAGUGAAAGUGCAAGCCUUCUCCUGCUGCUGUAUCUCUUAGUGGUCUUUGAUAUUAAUAUUAUUAGUAAUUAUGUGUCCUUCGCCAGCAGGUCCCAGGGCAGGUUAAAAUAGUUAAAUUAUUAAAAUAGUUAUAUAUUCCUGCCCUGUGGAAAUCCUUGCCAAUAGAAGUUCAGCAGGAGUCACCCCUUCUUGCUUUCACAUAUCUUUUGAAAACACUGUUGUUCAGACAGGCAUUCGUAACAUGACUCUUGCUACCAGCCAGUUUUCAUUGAUAUGUUGAUGUUUUUGCUGUUAUUGUAAUGUUGCGUUUUUAUGUUUGCACACUGCCUAUGAAAGUGUAGUUUGUAAAUAUUUCAACAAACUUGGCUCAGAUAUUUUCUCCAUCAUAGCUUAAGCUGGAGAACCACCUGUCAGGACUGGUCGUUGUCCUCUUCAGAUCACCGCACAAACACUUCUUGUUCUUUUAUAACUUUUUAUUGCGUAUUAACAAAACAAUCUUAUAAACGGUUCUUAACUAUUCUUCCUCAGAGUCACUUAUUUCAGAUACCUUCCGAGCUCUGCUUCUCCGUGACCAGCCACUCUCAAAAUGUCGAAGGUGCCCUUCCCUUCACUUUCCUGCUCUUUUUUCUACCGUAUUUUUCGCCCUAUAGGACGCACUUUUUCCCCUCCAAAAAUGAAGGGGAAAUGUGUGUGCGUCCUAUGGGGCGAAUGCAGGCUCGCUGAAGCCUGGAGAGCGAGAGGGUCGGUGCGCACCGGCCCCUCUCGCUCUCCAGGCUUCAGGAAGCUAUCCGCAAGUCUUGCAAGCCCGGCGGGAGGUCCCGCGGGCUCGCAAGGCUUGCGGGCAGCAGCCUGCAGCCCAAAAGCUCGGGGGACAGCGGGGAGGCGCAGCGCCGCCACCCCGCUAUUCACCGACCUGAUCUGGAGGCUGGCGGGGGGAGAAGCAAGCUUGCUUCUCCCCCCUGCCCCCGCCAGCCCCACAAGCUCGGGGGAUAGCGGGAAGGCGGAGCACCGCCACCCCGCUAUUCCCGGACCUGGUCUAGCCCCAGAAGCUCGGGGGAUAGCAGGGAGGCGGAGCGCCGCCACCCUGCUAUUCCCCGACCUGAUCUGGAGGCUGCGGGGAGAAGCAAGCUUGCUUCUCCCCCCCCCAGCCCCACAAACUCGGGGGACAGCGGGGCAAGCCGCUGCCCCACGGAGGCUAGAGAGGCUGUCCCUGAAGGCAGAAGAGGGAGACGGAGCGCUCCGUCUCCCUCUUCUAGCUUGGGGAUGGCUGCGCAAACCUGGGGGGGAAAUAAAUUUUUUUCCCUUGAUUUCCCCCCCAAAAAACUUGGUGCGUCCUAUGGGCCGGUGCGUCCUAUAGGGCGAAAAAUACGGUAACCUCCUGACUAGAGCUGGCUUGUAUCUCCCCUCCUCCGAAUCUGAGCUAGAACUUAACCCUUGCCUUUCCUGUGAACAGCUGGUCCCUCCCUGUUGUUCCUGUUGCUCUCUUCUAUUAGAUUCACUGCUCUCCUUCCCCCCUUGGGGAAUGCUUUCUCCCUCUGAGAAACUGGAAACUUCUAACUCUUCCCUGACACCACCCCUUAAAAAUAAUUGGUUUAGUAAACUUUUACAGCUUGGUAUAGAAUAAAAAUAAUUUUGUAAUCUAUAUUGACAGAGGGAAAUAUCCAAGUAGAAGUCAUCAUUGAGGGAGGUGUCUCAGGAUGCCUGCUACUUGAAUUCAAUUCUUUUUAGUGAAAUACUUGUCUUGUCCUCAGGUGUCAAUUAUUUUGCAUUUGUUUAACAAUGAAAUUAUUCCAAGUGAGGAUCACUUAAUUUAAAGUUAAAGUUUCUUCAUUAAGAAGAAUAAGUGUUCCUUAGGCAUCUUGUACACCUUGAGCAAUUUUAUAAAAAGAAACAAACCCCACAGUUAUGAAAUAGAGAGCUCUUUAUGCUUCCAAUAAAGAAUGGAUGUUUUGUGCAGUUUAUUCUUAAAUGUUUAGAACACAAUUGCAUGCCCUCUGUUAGCAAUUUUUUGUGAUAAAAUUAGUUUUAUAUCCAUUUGCAAAAUCUUAGAGAUGGCCCUGUCUCAGUGUAAUAGCUAUUGAGCCAUGAGGUGGGGUAUGAGCAUAAAAAAAUCAAAUGGAUAUGACUACCAAUUGGAUGGCAUUACAUUGGAAAAUAAAGGUGUCUAUUAUUGUCUAAAUUCUUUUCAUUGACAUCUUCUAUGAACAAUGAAAAUGAGUUUUCUCAUUCAUGUUGUCAGGACUGUCACCAGAUCUGCAAUCAAUGGAACAGAUUCGAAGAAUUAUGAGACCCACAGAUGUUCCUGACACAGGUAAGGCCCACCUGCACAAAUUGCUGCUCACUGUAAAUUAUUUUAAAAUUGUAUUGUGGCAUAUAUCAGUAGUGUGUUCAAAGAGGUAGUGAAACUUGCCUAUCUGAAGGGUUUUGAGGAGCGCUAUUAUACUUGUGCUGCUUGGAAGCUAAAAGUCCUUGUUUUCAUCAUUUGAGGUACAGAUUGAAAAGGGCCAUGUGGAAGUUACCUAGUUUUGAACAUAAGGGAUUAGAUCCAGACUUAGUUGCACUAUUAUUCCCUUGAUUUCACCCAAACCUAUAUUAAAUUGAUUUUUGGAUGCUGAAGAAGGUAGAGGGUGUGGGUGGGUGUAGAUGUGGGUGUGUAAUAGAGAAGCAGCAUAGCUUGUUAAUUAGAACUUUUAAGUUCUCUCUUUUUAAAUCCAUAUUACAUUCUAGAGCGUGACUUGAAACAAUUUGGUUGUAAGACAGUAGUUGUAGGUAGUAGCCUUGGAAACUAAUCUUAGUAAAGUAAAAAUAAACAUGUGUAUCUGUAUAGUACUUUAUAGAAGCAGAGAUUCAAAUAGAGGAUUUCCUGAUUUUAAGUUAAACCUGAGUCCCUAUGCAAGGUGGCUGAAAUUUUGGCAUAUAGGAAAACCUUUGUCUUCUGUUGCAGCUCUAAUGCUACUCCAGCAUUAAACAGGAAACAGUAAUUUUUGGAGAGCGAGGUUCAUACUGAAUCUAUCAACAUGAGGCAUGCCUGAGCUACGAUUUCAGGAUUUUUUGGAUCUAUGGACAUUCAUUGAUUUGUUUUCAUUCUAAACAACUUGAUUUUUCUUGCUGGAAGAAAGUUAAAGAUACCUGGCUCAGUUUGCACAUCAUAUAAGACCAUAGUUUUAAAACAAGCUAUGGUUUAAUGUGAUGUGCACAUCAGACCACAGACCAUAGAAAAAGUUUGCACUGUUGUCUCCUGUAGGAGUGCAUUGCAGAUCUAUAACUGUUACACUUGUAUAGCCUCCUGUGUACAAAAUAUGCAUACCAAAAUCUCAGUCAUGAGAGGUAAAUAUUUUGUACCAAAAAGAACACAUUAGGGUCCUGUUUCUGAGACUUGUGCUCUUACUUUCAAGGCUUGCUCUGUGACCUGCUGUGGUCUGAUCCAGACAAGGAUGUGCAGGGCUGGGGUGAAAAUGAUCGUGGUGUCUCCUUCACUUUUGGAGCUGAUGUGGUCAGCAAGUUCUUGAAUCGUCAUGAUUUGGAUUUGAUUUGUCGAGCUCAUCAGGUAUGAAUUUGCUUCUUUCUAAUUUGGGAUCUUUACCUUCUAGUUUCCAGGGCUUUAUGUCAUUUACACAUACAAAGAUGGUGACAAGUAGGUGAGCUAGUGCAGAUCAGGGUACAAAUUUAGCUAUAUAUAGUCUGUAGAACUGCCCUGAGACCUACGGGUAUAGGGCAGUAUACAGAUUUAAUAAAUAAUCUUAAAUAAUAUUGAACACAAAGCUGCCCGAGCUGUCACAUCCUCUCUGCACACAUAUUUCUGGAUUUUGAGUCCUUUGUUUCAAAAAUGUUGCAGAAAAACUGGAGGUCUUUGUGUAACUAGUCUGCAGCACAAAGAAUAAUUUGCUUAAACUUAUUUGUAAUCUGUACCUUCUGAUUUCUGUACUUCAGAUUACCUUUUUUACCUACUUCAAAUUAGUUUCCUUCCCACCAUGGAGCAGGCUUUCGUUGGUGCAAUUUACCUUGGUGCUCCUCUUGGAGCCCUCCAUAUACCCCUAAAAUUGCUUUUGGGGAGGCAGUGGGGAGCUGAGAAGAAAGAGAAUUCCCAUUGUGUUUGGAGAAACCAACUUGCAUGAUAAUGGAUCUUGCAUGGAAUCUUAAGUUGUGUUGCAUUCAUUUUGCUAUGUUCUCUGAAAACUCUUAGACUGCUGGUUAUGGGAUAAACAUUUUGGCUCAGAUUACAGAAAUAUUUUAAGUUACAUCAAUAUUGGUUAUGUGUUUUUCUCACUGACAGGUAGUUGAAGAUGGCUAUGAAUUCUUUGCUAAACGACAGCUGGUUACCCUAUUUUCUGCUCCUAAUUACUGUGGAGAAUUUGACAAUGCUGGUGGCAUGAUGAGUGUGGAUGAAACUUUGAUGUGCUCUUUUCAGGUAUGAUAAACAUGGAUUAUAACCUCUAUAUUGAGAGGAUGGGUCAGAAAGUUACUAGCAUUCUAUGGCUUGAAUAAAACUAGAGUUAGCCGGGGCAACCCAGCCAAUUAAGUGAGGUAUAAAUAAUAAAAUUAGGUACACGGUUGCUUGUAUCUCCCUUGUUGAAGGCUGGCAUUCUCAGCAAAUGUUACAAUCUUCCUUUAGUUCAAAACUAAUUUUCUAAUACCUCGUUGUCAUAGUAUUACUAAGCUAAGGUGAAUAUUUGCCUGAAUAAAAUGGGAUCAAGCCACUCUGCUGAUGGAGUCUCUUGAAAAAUAAUAAAAUGGGUUGCUCUGAACUGGCUAGGGGUGUCUGGUUCUCUGAGACUGCCUUAGACGGAGUCAGACCAUUGGUUCAUCUAGCCCAGUAUUUUCUACUGCAGCUGGCGAAAGUCUUCCCUAGAUCUUUUAUCUGGAAGUUGCUGGGGAUUACUGUAUUUAUGCAAAUCUAAUGUGCCAUCAAAUCUAAUGCGCACCCUAAUUUUUGUGACGUUAUUUGGCCAAGGAAGGUGCGCAUUACAUUUGAGUAAAUAUGGGACCAUCUGUAUGCAAAGUAUUAUGCUCUUACAGUUUGCUAUCAUCCCUACCUGGUUAGAUGAGUCCACAGAAUGGGUAGCCCUAGCUGUUAAAUAAUUCUUUUUGUACUUUGCAAAUGCAUAUUCAACAGUUGUUGUAAAUAGGAAGCCACCUCAAAUGUAGACAGCAAGUUAUACAUUCAUUGUAAUGCUGAUUUAAUGGAUAUGUUGUGUUGGUUUGAAGAGAAGUUUAUUCAUCUUCUUAAUUCAUCCUCUUAAGAUUCUGAAACCAUCUGAGAAGAAAGCAAAGUACCAGUAUGGUGGACUGAACUCUGGACGUCCCGUCACUCCACCUCGCACAGCUAAUCCUCCGAAGAAGAGGUGAAGAAAGGAAUAUCAUAGAAAACCCAUCAGAUCUAUUAAGGACAAAACUCCAUAUAUACAGUAUAUAAUAAGUGUGCACUGUAAAACCAUCCAGCCAUUUGACACCCUUUAUGAUGUCACAUCUUUAACUUAAAGAGACGGGUAAAGGAUCUUUAAUAUUUUCUAGUUGACAGAUGUGCAACACUGUAUUGUAACAAGUAUACUCCAAGCUCUAAUAACCAACAUAGAGUAAAAUCAAAUCUAAACAAAUUAUUUUGGUUGCAUAUUCACAUCACAGUUUUAAAGUUGACCAACAUCCCAAUUUAAGCUUGAUGUAAUAGUUAAAUCAGAUGAGAGCAUGAUGUUUCAUUUGUGUAAUGUGGUCUUACUGUUGCUUGAUUGCUUUUAUUUCUCUUAUUUUGUAGCUAGAAUGAUGGCAAAGUAUCUAGUCAUGUUUCCUGGCUGAAAAUGAUUUGUGGAAGGGAUUUUUGGGGCAGCUGCUGUUCUCCCUCUUCCCAGUAUUCUUGCUAACUAAAUGUGUGCCCCUAUAAUAGGAGUUUAAAGACACAAACCAAUCUCAAACUCGUGACUCCGGUAAUGCUCCUUAUCCAGACAACCCAACAGUCAGUAUUUCUCAUGACAAAAAACUUAUUACUUUUUAUCUUAGAUUGCCACAGGAUGACUUUGUUCAUUGCACCAUUUUAAACUAACAUUACACUCACAAUGACACUUCAUUUAACUUAAAUAGGGCAAGAAUGGUAUUACUUAUUAGUCGAUAACUUGAUUAUGUGGUACCUUGCAUUAGAUUUUAUUAGCAUGAAACACCUUUUGGCAUGCUUAGCUUCCUGAUAAUGUCAUAUUUGCAUUAAAGUGCAUUUUGCAUAGCUCACCAAACAUGAAGAUCCUUCUCUGGUAUGCCUGGAAAAGCUAGCUCUCUUCUUCCUCUCCUCUUCCCCACCCAACUGUGCACGCUGCCCCACCCUCCAGGAGGGUAUAUUUAAAUGGAUGUUGAUCAUUGAGCAGUAGGUUAACUAUGGCUAGUGGUGGUUGGACUGUCUAAUAUUGCCAUGUGAAUGUUCUACAUGAUUGUAAGGCUUACGUCACUAAAGAUUUAUAUCCUCUGGAUUUUCAUGAUCAAGGUUCAUAUACUAUUGUAGAAACUUCUGCUUUGUAGUGUACUAUAGUAGCAAUAAUUUCUGUACAUGAUCAAGAGUUGAUGCAGUAUUUCUUUUCCUGUUUUCCUUAAAGGGUUCAUAUUGGCAAAUGGCAAAGUGUAAAGAAAUGUGCAAAGAUUGUAAACAGAUAAAAAUUGAAAGGCAGCGACUUGAUUGGAAAUUAAUACAAUGUUUUUUUUAUUGAACACUGUCAAAUGUGCAAAGAUUGUAAACGGAUAAAAAUUGAAAGGCAGGGACUUGAUUGGAUAUUAAUACAAUGUUUUUUAUUGAACACAGUCAAAUUUAUAAGAUUACUUAGUAGGGAAGCUUCCAAUUUAAAUUAUUCUAAAUGUGCAACAAUGUAGAACUCUUUAAUAUUGUCUUUGCAAAUGUUAAAUUGAGAAUUCUAGCAACUUGCAUUUAAUGAACUGACACGUAUUAUGCAAGGGAUUUCUGGCAAAGUGAAAAGUUCUUACAUGGAUUUAAGUCUCUUUUCUAAUUCCAUUUUGUUUUAAAACACAUAUUAAAUGUAGGAUUUUUCAUUUAGUAAAGUUGUUUAAUUGAUUUGAAGUCUGACUGGUUAUUCCAAUCUUUGUUAUGAAUUAAUUUGCCCUUGAUGGCAUACAUUAAUGAGAUGCAGACAAAAGCUUAAUAUUGACGCUAAUAUAGAUUUGUGUUGGUGGAUAUUUAAAAAUACAGCAGCUCUGUAUACAUCACCUGUAGAUCAAUGGAUAACCAACCAUUGUUGCUCCCUAGCACUGUGGUGUCUACCAUAUUAUCUGACGAUGAAAUGAUGAACUUCUUGGGUCCUUAUUGUAUGAAAAAAAUCACCUCAAAGAAGGUAAAUGGAAUGUGACAAGAUGGAAGCAAAGCUUUGCCAUAUCCAGCUCUCUAUUUUUUUUAUUUUUUUGUAAAGUGGGUAACUUUGUCAUUUUUACACUGUAAGAGCACCUUCAUUUCAGAUAAUAUAAAGGAGCCCAAAAUGUGUUUAAGGGCAGUAGUUUAAUAUGUGUAAUUGGGUUUAACAAAUUAUUUUGGGAAAUUGCUUUUACAACAUUGCCCAUGUAUGCAGGCGUGCAUGUGAAGCCAUCUUGAAAGACAGAAACAUUUACUUGCGCUGUAAUUUGUAUUCUUUUUCUGUCCUCCACCUCGCUUGUCACUACUUAAUGUCUGAUAACAUACUGCAAAUUUACAAAUACCAAUGAAACCAACAAAGAAUGUAAUGGCUAAAACCACUAGUUAUAAUAAUUACCUGUAAACAACUUUUCUGGAAGCGUAGUCUUUGAAGCUACUUAAGACGGCUCAUGAUCAGUUUUUAGAUCCUGCCCAUGAAUACAAAUGCUGGUCUCUGUAGGCUUGAGGGUGAGCUCUAGCCCUUACUAACAGAUGCCACCAGGGAAUCAAGUGAGAUGUGUCAUUUUCUUGGCUUUGCGAUUUGUGUUAAGUAUUUUGGCCAAGGGUGUGUAGCCUUUCUGUGUAACCAGAAUGGAACUAGUGAUGUAUUUCAGCAUGGUUCUAACUAUUACUUUACUGUCCUCUCCCCUUUUUCUCUUUCCUUAAUAAAAGGAAACAGACACCUUUUACUGCCCCCCCUUAAAGCUUCUAUGUCUUUUUUUUGUAGCAUUCUCCUAUAAUUUACUUGUAAGAACCUUUAUUUACCGUAGUAACCUUUCGUUCCUACCAUUGUUCCAUCCGAAUGUGUCAUGUAAGCAGCUUAUUCAAAGACAACCUUGUGCAAAUGAGUCUAGGCUGCUGGAUUCCUAAAUAAAAUUAGUUCACAUGAUAGUUUUUGAACAAAUUUUACAACUGACCUGCUUUUUUCACAUGUGUGACUGCACAUAAAUUGUUUAAAACCCAUCGUGUGGAUGCAAAACAUGACAUCUGAGUUGGUUGUGUCUUGCUGGCUUGGAAGGAAAUUUGAGUUUUAGGAAUAAACUUUACUAAACCUCUUGAUUCUGUAUUCAAGUCUUGUUUUGCACACUGUAGCUGACUCAGUCUCAGACCACCACAUUAUUUUGUAGACUGUAGACGGUUGCAUGUGCCAUUUAAAUCCAUUAUAGAUUUCAUGUUUC